AUUUUUGACAGGUUUUGGUGAUUGAAGGAGCUUUUUAAUCGUAAGUGACGUCAAAUCAAAGAAAAAUAAACUGAUGAACUGUAAACAUUUAAGUUUAUGAGGUAAAGUUCGGUGGUCGGUAGUUUAAUAAGUAAGAGUUUAAUAUGUUGUGAAUUCCACGUAAAGUUUUCAAAGUUUCAACAAAGUAAGAAAUACUUUAUGAGUGAGUGCGUGGUGUUACAAGAUGUACUUCUUUAUAAGCUCAACUUCGCAGUCAGCGAAAGAAAUAAACAUGAAGUAUAUGAACUCGUUUUGUUCGCAAAGCUGUGUUAAAGGCAUCAUUGAUGGAAAGUUACAGUGCACUUGCGGCGAGGAUAUCGGAAUUUUCAAUUGGACUUGGUCAAAAGCCAAUAGUUCCUCUAAUACGCGGAUAACUAACAAUAAUAAGGAUAUUUUAUUUCACCCCUUGUACAGUUCAGGAACAGCUGCGGUGAGGGGUGACAUGCUUUUUCAGCCUAAUCUUCAUUAUUAUUGGGAAAUUAAGAUGAUUUCUAACUUGUAUGGGACUGAUGUGAUGGUAGGUGUUGGCACUUCAAAAAUUGUAUUAUCGGACUGGAAAUUUAGAUUCUGCAGCAUGCUAGGAAUAGACUCGCAGUCUUGGGGUUAUUCGUACCACGGUAAUAUCCAGCAUAACCAGUUAGUAAGAAAGUACGCCUCGCAGUUUGGACUAGGGAGUAUAGUGGGGGUGCAUUUGGAUAUGUGCAAUGGAACUUUGGAGUAUUAUGUUAAUAGGAAGCCUAUGGGAAUCGCUUUCAAAGGCUUAAAGGGACGGGAAUUAUACCCCAUGGUGAGCUCGACGGCGGCACAAUCGGCAGUGAGGAUUACUUGUGCGGUUUCCGAAGAACCCACCCUACAAAUGCGUUGUCUGGAGUUUAUUUCGAAGCAUCCCACCUUAUAUAAGAGGUACAAAGAAAUACCGGGGCUUAUCCGCUUGUACGAAAGGAAAUACUUUUGGAUCUUACCCACGAAUGAGCAAGACGAGAAAAAACGCAUCUCCGAAAUGGAAGAGAUGUGCCCGAUGAACUACAAGAACUUCCUGAAACGAAACAAGAAGCUGCGCGCUAUCCGCUGGAUCCCGCCAGAGAUCCUCCACGUACGCGAAGAAGGAGAACCCGUUCAGUCCGAUUCCGACUUAGAAACGAUGUCGACGGAGGAGAGUAGCAUUCUCACGACUUCUCCAGAGAAUAGCAGUUCGAGUUCCGGUACGGUACAAGGCCUCGCCCCGUCUACGUCAAAGCAGGGCUGUGAUGAAUCCCGGACUAAGAUCCGCAGGACCGACUCCUUCGGGAGCCACGCUGACUGUUCCUUACACGACGGCAAGAAAUUUUGCGCGAAAUGCAAAUUUCGCAUGCAGAUCGAGGACGAGAACAUGAGCGACUCUUCCGGUUCUUAAACUACCGUUCUUUGUUUUACGAAACGCGCUCGGCGAAGUCUCGGAUUAUGCUAAACGGAACACUGUUGGAUAAUUUUAGGUAGAAAAAGACGUUUACAUAUUUUUUAUACAAUUUCAGAUAAAUUACGUGUGUUAGUUGUAUCAAUAUUUAAUUAGUUGUAGAGUUUACAUAUCGACGCUCGCGGUUCUAUUUUUCGCUGAUAUUAAAGAGACUGAAGGAAGUAAA